CAUUCACAUGUUUUGUUAAACAAAUCGAAAACUGCAUUAGUAAAGCCGGCAGUAUAGAGUAGGCGUAUGUUUAUUUAUUUAUUUUCUUACCACAGUUCAUAUUAUUUCUUAUCAAAAGUACCUAAAUAAAAAAAAUGUUUAUGAUUAUAUAACUAGAGGAUCAGAGGUUAUACCCAACAAUAUCUGAUAAAUAGUGUAUCAGGCUAAAUGGGUAUUGGGAAAAAAGUUGAGUCAUUAAAUAAAUGUAAGCCUAAGCUGUAUUCAUACUUGAACUAAAUUUGUUUAACAUAGAUCUCUCAGCUAUUUUUUAAUUAAAGAACAAAUGUCUUUGAUAAUAUAAACUGUAUAUUAUGGCCAACUCAAACUAUAGCCAAGUUGAUGAAUAUGGGUUUGAACGCCCAGAAGACUUCGAUUAUGAAAAAUAUGAUUCCUUCAUGUCACAGUACAUGAGAACUCUCACCAGAAGGGCCCUGAGAUGGAACUCCUUAUUCAGCACAAAAAUUUUUGUUAAAAACAACACUUUAAAAAGGUUUAUUCGCAAAGGAAUCCCUGCUGAUUUUCGACCGUCAUGUUGGAUGGCUGUGUCUGGUGCUGAAGCCUUAAGAAAAAGUAGUAUUAGUUCCUAUCAACAAAUGAAAAACAACAAUAGCAAUGCAGCUAUUAUAGAAUGUAUCAAAAUUGAUCUACCUCGCACUUUUCCUGAUAAUAUAUUUUUUUUGAAUGAAGAAAAUCUACCAAAUAUGUUGUAUAAUGUGCUUGCCACAUUCGCUCACCAAAGUGCCGAUGUCGGAUAUUGUCAAGGGCUAAAUUAUAUUGCAGGAUUAAUAUUGUUAGCUACAAAAGAUGAAUCCAUCACAUUUUGGCUGUUAAAAACCCUAGUUGAUAAUAUGCUACCAAAGUAUUACAUUAAGACUAUGUCAGGACUAUUAACUGACUUAGAUGUUCUAAAUGAAUUAGUGCAAAAAGCCGAGCCAGUUGUUCACAGACAUAUAUUAAAUGUAGGAAUGCCAUGGGCAAUGGGUACUACAAAAUGGUUCAUUUGCCUUUAUGCCGAUGUCCUUCCAACAGAGACUGUGUUGAGAAUAUGGGAUUGUUUGUUUUUUGAAGGAUCGAAAAUCUUAUUUAGAGUUGCACUGGCCCUUAUUAAACUACAUAAGCAGGAGAUUUUGCAGACAAGUGACCUUAGUGAGUUGAUGACUGUGUUCAAGAAUAUGAAAAACCAUCCUAGAGUUAUUGAUUGCCAUAGUUUUAUUACUGAUAUGUUCCGGUUAUCAGGAAAUUUACAAAAAAGGGAAAUUGAAAAGUUAAGAAUGAAGUAUAAAAAAGAUUAGUGUCCAGGUCAAGUUAGUUAAAUAAACACACCAAACUUCUCAAAAUAAUUUAUUAAAUCUACUCUAGUCAUAUUUACAGUAUAUAAGAUUUUAUACAUACAAUAAAAUUUACUUGCUUAUCAUUUUCUA